UAUUAUAUUUUCUGGCGUAGGAAUAGAAAAUUAUAAAAAUGACAGUUCGACGGUGGCAGAAGAGAAACGUUUUAUCGUUUUAUACACAAACAUUGUUUCUUAUAGACGCACACACGCAGACGCAUAGAGAAAAAGAGAAAGAAAAAAGGAAAGAUACGGAUAGAGAGAAAGACAUAGGGAAAGAAAUUUUUUAUUAAAUUUACAUUAUCGUUUUCGGUACGUCGAGUUAUAAAAUCUCACGUAGAAAAGCCGAGGAACGUAGGAGGAACGUGUUUAUGGUGGUUGAAGUCGAAGGAAGAAAAGGAAGGGGUUGUUGAGACGUGAGAGAAACGCAACAACGAAAAGGGGGUGGCAACCCUCUCGCCAACAGGACGGAGGCGCUAGGUAUAAAAUCGGACGGGAGAUACCUCGAGACAUCCAGUGUCGGCGCGUUUCCACGCUCUGCACCAUCUUUUCUUCUUCGGAUAUUUCAAAGAAGACACGACUCAAGAACAAGAGAUAAAGAAAGAGAAAGGAUACCUUCUUCUCCAUUAUCAAAAUGUCCGAUCAUCGACUAUUUUUCGGUUUGGUCUUACUGAUACUCGCAGCCUCCUUCGAUCAUGUUCGAAAUGAAAAAAUCAGCUGCAGUCGUUCGUCGGGAUUGGUCCCUUAUCCAAGAACCGGAAGAAGCUCCGAAAUGACGGAUUUCCAUAGAUCAUCUCGUACAUCUGGUCUCAUCCAUUAUCCCCGUGUUGGACGAUCGGAUUUACCGCUGUUCUACAUCGGUGCUAAUCGUAAAAACGAUUUAGGAUCUACUAUCGAUUUAGAAUUUUUUCCAGCGAGCGGAUCCGAUAUAGAUUCGAUCUAUGAACCCGAUUACGAAGAAUUUCGUCCAGGAUUAGCUACGAUCGCGAGACAGAUGGAGAGAAAUUAUCCAAAGGAAAAGCACGACAAUUCACGAUCGUACAAUCUCGCUUCACGUGGUUCUCACAAUCGUCAAGGACAAUUAAUGAUGAGUGUACCAAGAAUCGGAAGGGAUAUUAGCGAUCACGACCGACCUAUGAAUUUCCUUUGAGUUUAUCCUAUGAGAGAUUGAGAUUAAUGACACGAAGAAAAGGAUAAAGAAGGGAAAGUAACAAACAAAAACAAUAAGCAAAAAAUAAAUUUAACGGAUGAAAAAUAAGAGUAAAAUUUUAAAGAAUAAAAAAAUGUGACGUAUAAAAAUCUACAUCUAUUCUUCAGGACCGAACUUACCUCCUUGUCUUUUCUUUUUUUCUUUCUUUCUUUCUUUCUUUCUUUCUUUCUUUCUUACUCUUUUUUUUCCUCUACUCUUUUUCCUUUUACCCCUAUUGCUCGGAAUUUCUAAUUUACAUCUAUUCUUUUCUCGAUGUAUUUUAUCCGAGUAAAAUACAUACGCACACAGACACGCGAUAAACUCGCAAACUUCGUUCGUGAAACAAUGGUGUAAAAACCGUAUGUGGAAAAAAAGUUUGCAUGCUUUUAUAGGAACGUGGUGUACACGUUGUGUUAUAUUCCUGUUUCUUGUUCUUUGUCACUGUAAUUCAAUAAACUAACAUGCAUACAUGCGUAUGUGCUAAAACAAAACAUAACAAAAUUAUUAUUAAUGAAUCAAUGUUUUCAUUGAACGAUAUUAUUGUCGUACGAAAUGAUAUUUAUUAUUUUUUUAUUAUUCAAUCUCUCUCUCU